AUGGGUGAACAUGAUGAUGUCACAAAUUUUGAACAAUCGGAAUAUGGUUCAACUGUUGGAUUAAUCCUUGCGAUUAUAUCGACAAUUUUCAUAGGUUCAAGUUUUAUAGUUAAAAAAAAAGCAUUGAUUAAAAUAAGUAAUAGAGGAAAUGUAAGAGCAUCUGCUGGAGGAUAUGGUUAUCUAACGGAAUGUGUAUGGUGGGUUGGAUUAUUAUUGAUGGGAAUCGGUGAAUUGGCAAAUUUUGCUGCAUUUGCAUUUGCACCAGCGACAUUAGUCGCACCACUUGGUGCUCUCAGUGUAUUGGUAUCAUCGAUAUUAGCAUCGAAAUUUUUAAAUGAAAAAUUAAACAUAUUAGGAAAAAUUGGAUGUGUUUUAUGCAUAAUAGGUUCAACAGUUAUUAUCAUACACUCACCUAAAAAGGAUAAAAUUCAAACUAUGGAAUCAAUUAUUGAAAACAUGGAACAAUUAACUUUUUUAUCUUACCUUUUUAUCGUUGCCAUUAUAUUUUUAUCAAUAUUUUUUUAUUUCGGUCCUAAAUACGGUCAUAAAAACGCACUCGUUUACAUAUUGAUGUGUUCGGCCGUGGGUUCUUUAACCGUAUUGGCAUGCAAGGGUUUGGGUAUCGCGAUACAAGACUCGAUAAGAAACGAAAUAACGGAUUUGAUAAACACGUUUAAUUUUUUUUUAAUUAUAACAAUUAUCGUUUGCAUCGUCACACAAAUGAAUUAUUUAAACAAAGCCUUAGAUUUAUUCAACACCGCCAUCGUAACACCCGUUUAUUACGUUUUAUUCACGAUAUUCGUCGUCACGUCGUCCACCAUUUUAUAUUCCGAAUGGGAAAAUUUGAAUUAUGAUGACGUCAUAGGAAACGUAUGCGGAUUUUUAACGGUCGUCGCCGCCAUUUUUCUACUUAACGGUUUUCGAGAUUUGGAUAUUGGUUUAAACGACGUACAAACGACCGUUAAAAACAAACAAUGGGAUAAUGGUUCGGCGAUGAGAGUGUGCGUUAAAAAACAACAAACGAAAAAACAAGAUGAAGAAUUUCUCAUUUUAGAAUCGGAUAAUAAUAAAUUCAACAACGAACACAACUGUUGA